CCCUGUAAUUGAAAAUAUGAAUUGGUGGGAAGAUGCAUGAAUGAUGAUGUCUAUAAUCGGUUAUUCAGCUCCCCAUACAACCAUUUUGUCACUCGUUAUCAAUGAUUGUUUUUUUAAAUUUUAAUUCCAGUCUAAAUUUAAUGCAAUGAAAAAUUAGUGUUGUUGUAGCUGAACGGAGUACAGGAAAUUAGGCUUGUAGGCAGUACAAGUUUCAGUAGUUUAUACGAGAUUUACGUCCAUAUGAAGCACCACGUUUCAUUGUUGACGUGCAAAUUUAUAACAACGUUCAAGUUUAUUUGAGCGUCUUCGCCUCUCACCUGGUUUAGGAUUAUGAAAGGCCACAAUAGACUUUAUUUGCGCAGUAGCAUCAUAACUCUAGGUUAAUUCGAGUGAAACGAGUUGCCUUGUCUUGGAGGAAAGAAGUGAUGUCGACCAAUCAAGCGUAUUAGACCAACAUAUGCUGGAUCACUAACUAUCUCUCUGAAGGUUUGUGUGAAGUUUACCUAUAAUUUUAACGGACAUCGCUCAAUGAUAGUUACUUGAAGACUUUAAACCUUUCACGCGAUGGCAAGUGCAACGAUAGAGUGCGACGUUUGCAACGAGAAAUUCGAUUCGGGCAACAACAAGCCGCUUUGUCUGACCUGCGGCCACACUUUUUGCUUCUCUUGCAUCACAAAUCUACAAAGACUCUCUGGAACCCAAAAUUGCCCAAAAUGUAGGAAACCAUUUUCCCAACGAAUUGAUCAAAUGUUGGUCAACUACGCACUGAUUCCUUCAGAAAACAAGGCUCGCCCACAUCCCCCGAGCUCGCUGUCAGAGGCACCGUGCCUCCAUCAAGGGAAGGCGCUGGAUUUCCUGUGUAUGGACUGCAUGGAACUCGUGUGCUUUACGUGCAUCAGGGGCACGCAUAAAAAUCACGAAAUUGAGCUACUAGACGACCUACUUCAAGAGGAUGAAUCUGUUUUGAACUCGUGGACGAAAAUACGGUCCACAAUACACGGUAAACUCGGGCGUGUGAAUAAUUUAGUCUCCGUAUCAGACGACAUAUUGAGUUUGAUUGAUGAAAUCAUCAGCCUGAAGACUGAAUUCCAUGGAUGGAAGGAUUCGCUGUUGGUCCAAAAAGUGUCAACAGAGCAAGACCUCCAGGUUUGGGAUGCCCCGGCCACCGGUGUGAUAGAGAACAAGCGACAUGAAUGCAAAGAAAUGCUAUGUCGUCUAAAAUUGAAACCUUUAGAAAAUAUGGAGUUACCAGAAAUCAGAGCGAGGUUGUCUGCAGCUCUGAAGAAAUGCGAUUCUUUACAGACAUAUGAGCUUCCAACAUUUGAGGACGGCGUGCCUUGGACAGUCACCAGCCUUGCUGAAGGAGAGCGAGCUGUCGCCAGCCUGGCCAACAACAUCAAGCCCAGUCGCCUCGUGGUGCUGUCCACCCACACCCACCCCAUCCCGGGGCUGGAGGAGCUGUUGUACCGCCUCUGCUUCCACCACACCGGAGACAUCAGCCUGCUGUCCCUGGACUGCUUCUGGAGGCCGGCAGGACAGUCGGAUGGAGGCUUGGAAGCCAUCAUCGACAAAUUUAGUGACCGCCUAGAUACCAUGUACGGCUCUCCUGAUCAAGGCUUGACCUACUCACACAAGCGACUUUCCACUGGGGCAACUAGAGCGGAGCCUUGCAAGGUCGGUAUACGUUUUGGCAGCUACUUCCACGUGCCUGUAUAUUUACCUGGGCAAAUUGACGAUGCUUGCUGUGCACGAGGAACGUCUUUCCACAUCCGCUCAUAUAUGAGACAGUAUAACGGUUAUAGCGUCACCCGCUGGCACUUCCCAGACCUCUGCGACGAGGACUUGGACUGGAUGAUCGGCAUCCUGCGCCGAUUCAACGACUCUCGCCUGCGUGUGGUCUUACCGAGAAAUGGCCUCACCGCUACGGGCGCUCGUCGGCUGUUCGAGGAGCUCCCCCAAAUCCGGGAGGUAUACCACGACCCUGGCGCGGCGCACCUGACGUCAGCUGGCAGCGGUGCACCUCAUCUCACCUUCAUCAAGUUGUCAACGAACAACAUCAUUCAAUGGCUGUAAAAUGCUGCGGCGUGGUAGUAGGUAUGUCACGGCAGGAAUCUAACACAGUAUAUAUGAUGUAUUUGUUCAAUAUUCACCUUGAGUAUUGAAGGCUUGAAGGGAGGAAUGUUGAAGCAAGAAUUGCGGGGUUUGUCCAAACAGGAGGGACCGGGCAGAAGUGUGGUGAAUCGGCAUUAGUUAGAGCAGUUUUUUACUAAUGAUUUCAAGUGUUAAUUCAGUUUUAUACGUCUUUUUAUAUUUCAUGUUAAAAAAGCGUAGGUAAUCCGUCUACUGUUUUAUAAAAUUUUGAGAUUAUUUAAGGCAAUGGUAGAAAAUUAAGGAAAGAAACAAACAUGAAAAAGUGAGAAAUUUAAUUUUCAAUAAUUACACCAAGGGUUACUUAAGUACUAAUGAGUCCCAUAUAAUACGCGUCAUAUUUCGAAGUACCAAUAAUAUUUACGCAAUAAAAUCGGCAAUUUUUGUGGUGAUUGAUAAUAAUUGUGUAUUUUUUAACCACAAGUGAAAAUAACCCAAAACAUUGGAAAAAAACAUCGAAGGAGGAUAAUCAGUAGGGCAGUUGAACUAUUUGUAUUUCUCAUGAUACGGUAUCAAUGUCUAUUUUCUUUUUAUUUAAAAUAAUCUCA